AUUUGUGUCACUAGUAAGACAAGCAACGAUGGAGGAUGACAACGGAACCUACGAGUAUUCGAAGAUAACUCAAUCAGGGACUAUAAGACUCAUUCUGCUUCAUCCCUCGGAUGACCUGGAGGCUGGGCUAAUCUGUUCACUUAUCGAUGCACGCUUGCAAGAAUGCGACGACGAUGUUGUCGAGCACUAUAUAGCUAUAUCUUAUGUUUGGGGCAAGGCUGUUGAGAACAAGUCGGUUCUCGUGGAUGGAAAAUACCUCGAGAUCACCGCUUCACUGGAUCAGGCUCUCCGGCAUGUCCGCGAUCCAAGCAGAAUACUGCGCAUCUGGGCUGAUGGCAUCUGCAUCAAUCAAGGUGACGUCCAAGACCGCAAUACGCAGGUCGCUAUCAUGGAUUCCAUUUAUGCGACUGCUCGACACACAAUAAUAUUUCUGGGCCCAUCCUAUUCCGAGCAUGAACUGUUCCUCCAAAAGAUGGAAGCUCUGAGUUUAUCACGGGAAUCAAGUGACAAACAGGCGGAUUCAGGGUCUCCACAGGGCAUGCUUGAGUAUCCAUGGUUUGGGAGGGUUUGGAUUCUACAAGAAUUGGCACUAUCACCAGAUCCGAGGGUCCAGAUUGGCCGUGUUCGUGUACGGUGGAAUCAUUUCUCGAAAAUGAUAGAAGGAGAAGCUGUCACCGUGCAGUCAUUAUCAACUCGUCGCAAGCUCUUUCACGAGAUGUGUCAGAUAAGAGGCAAGCUCCAGGGUAGAAUGUAUAUGGGGGCAGAGAGCGAAUUCAAGAUCACUAUUCUCGAUGUUCUUCAAGCCAGGCGAGGUCUUGGUGUCACGGAUCCGAAGGAUAUGAUUUAUGCGCACUUGGGAAUCUCCGAGUCUCAACUCAAGUCACACAUUACUAUCGAUUACUCCAAGUCAAAAGCACAGGUGUACGAAGAAACCGCUCGGUAUAUC